AUGCAUUUGCCAAACCCGCGAAAUCGGAGUGUCAUUCUCACUGUUGACGUCAACAAUCUGGUCAUAGCUGCAUUUUGUGAUUCAAGAUCGAUGAACUUUUCGACCUCAGAAUUGGCAGUGAGACCCCACCGACAACCCGCUCUGGAUGCAGCUAAUUACAUUAGUAAUCCUCAGUCAAUGUGCGAGCUUCGCCAUCGAAAUAACCUUGUGCAAACCAAAGUGUCUUGUGGAUGCCACCUUGUCCUCUCUGUUUUAGCUGGCCGCCACGCGAUUGACAACACCCAGGGCUUUCUACUCUCUCGAAUCCGAACUGCUGCGACGGUCAAACCCUCCCCCAGUGAAUCGAAAACCGAGUCAAAGGAGCAGCCUGCGACGGACUCAGACAUCCCAAUGCGUAGCGAAAACGCACUCCCCAACGAAAUAAAACGCGAAAUCUCCUCCUAG